AUGGCUCCUCAUGCCGGCUUCGACACUGACCAGAUCAAAGACAAGGCGCGCAAGGACAUUCUGUACUUGCUCGAGGGUGUGCGAGGAAAGAAGAACCUAGUACUUGAGAAGUCUUUGGCUGGUCCAAUCGGCAUAUUCGUCAAAUUCUCGACCCUCCAAGAUUAUGGCGUGGACAAGGUCUUCUUCUUAGAGAAUGGCAAUGCAGAUGUCAGCCAGCGGAAUGUGGUAUUCAUUGCCCGUGGUGAGAGUGCUAAGCACGCACAAUCAAUAGCCGAUCACAUCAAGCGCAUGCAACGGGAAAGCCAGACAGGACAUGAAUUCUCAAUAUUCUGGGUUCCACGAAGGACUCUUGUAUCUGAGAAGAUACUCGAAGAAGCUGGCGUUUUGGGGGACACAAGCAUCGCAGAGUUUCCACUCUAUUUUCUUCCUCUCGAAAAAGACCUUUUAUCACUCGAGCUGGACGAUUCAUUCGCCGACCUAUAUUUGAAGAGAGAUCCUACACCGACAUACCUACUGGCACGUGCUUUGAUGCUAAUACAGCAAAAACAUGGACUUUUCCCUCGCAUCACGGGUAAGGGGGAUAAUGCAAAGAAACUUGCUGACCUUCUUGCGCGCAUGCGACAAGAGCUGGUAGCGGGUGAAAAUACAAACGAGAGCAAUAGGCUAGGGCUGACUCCAAGUACGACCAUCGAGAGCCUUAUUGUGAUCGAUCGCGAAGUCGACUACGCUACACCUCUUCUUACGCAAUUGACAUAUGAAGGAUUGAUUGAUGAAGUUGUAGGGAUCCAAAAUAAUCAAGCUGACGUGGAUUCGUCUAUUGUUGGCGCUGCUCCUCAGCCUGCACCUGGAACCUCGAAUGCGGCUGGUCGAGCAGUGCAGGCGAAAAAACGCAAAAUUGUGCUGGAUUCUUCGGACAAACUCUACGAACAACUACGAGAUACAAAUUUUGCUAUCGUUGGGAGUCUGUUGAACAAGGUAGCAAGACGCCUCAAGACUGAUUAUGACGGUAGACAUGAUACCAGGACAACAGCAGAGUUGAGAGAAUUCGUGAACAAAUUGCCAGGCUACCAAGCCGAGCAACAGAGCUUGAAGAUUCAUACAGGACUUGCUGAGGAGAUCAUGAAGCAUACUCGAACUGAUCAAUUCAGUCGUUUACUCGAAGUGCAGCAAAACUUGGCAGCUGGUGCAGACCCUUCUUCGCAGCAUGAUGCUAUAGAGGAAUUGAUCGCGCGAGAUGCUCCUCUUGCAGAGGUGCUGCGAAUCUUGUGUCUUGAGUCAUGCAUAUCUGGCGGAAUCAAACCUCGUGAGCUGGAAGCCUUUAAGAGGAUGAUCCUUCAAGCCUAUGGCUAUCAACACAUUCUCACACUCGAUGCCCUUGAGAAGCUCCAGCUUCUUCUCUCACGAAGCUCGCCAAUGGCAUCCAUGAUCCCAAUGGCUGGUGGGCCUGCGAACACCGGAACGAAGACGAAUUACACAUAUCUGCGGAAAGCCCUUCGACUUAUCGUGGAUGAAGUCAAUGAACAUGAUCCGAACGACAUCGCCUACGUUUACAGCGGAUACGCCCCUCUUUCAGUACGCCUAGUUCAAUGCAUUCUGCAGAAGCAGUACCUCACAUCCAUCACUCGGGGAGGAAAUGCGAAUAAUUCUGCUGGUGUUGCUACAGGUGGUCCUUCCCAGGGCUGGCGAGGAUUUGACGAUGCAGUGAAGCAUGUAAGAGGACAGACCUUCGAUGAAGUACAGAAAGGAGAGGACAAAGCCGUAAAGGCCCGUUCACUACUCUCUGGAAGUGGAGACAAGAAAACCGUCUUCGUUGUGUUCUUAGGUGGGAUAACAUUCACCGAAAUUGCUGCGUUGAGGUUCAUUGCGAAGAAAGAAGAAGCACGAAAACAAAUCAUCAUCUGUACAACCUCGAUCAUAAGUGGAAGCAAGAUCAUGGACACGGCUGUUGAAAAAGCUUCACUGGGGAAAAGUGCCGUACCAGACGCGUAG